UGGUGAUAUUACGCCCAAAACAGCUCUUGGCCAAGGAAUUACCAUUCUCUAUUGCUUGUUUGGUCUGCCACUAACAAUGCUGGCUCUAAAGUCAUCAGGCGAGGUCAUUCUUCUAGCUUUACGAUCGGCCACAAAUUGCUUGGAAAAGAAACUCCUCGGACAUCAAAAUCCAGAAAUGGAUUUUAUAAAAUUGCUUGUAACAAUAAUCUUUUGUCAAGUUUCUUUGAUUUGUAUAUUUGCUGCUGUUCAGAUGAAMACCGACGGUUGGACGUUCCUUGAAGGAGUUUACUGUUGGUUCAUCUCUUUUACGACCAUCGGAUUCGGAGACUACGUUCCUUUUAGUSAAUAUGAAGGAAAAAAGAAAUCACAAGYGGUGAGCAAGUUUGCUGCAAUAUUUGUGACUUUUCCGUACAUCAUUGGCCUUUGUUUGYUUGCUUCAUUGCUGAAUCUGAUUGUUGAUAAUUCCGAGCAGAUGAAGCGACGUUGUGGUGCUUGGUGUUGUUCUUAUUGUGAUUGCGAAAAUGGCGUGGAUCCACAUGAAGGCAGCAAUUCAAAUAGACCAAACGAYGAAGCACAAGAUAAUAACGUUCAUCUUCAAAGCUUUACUAAAACUGCUGCAUAAUUACUACAAGAAAAUGUCUGGAUAUAUUUGAAUAUCUUCUGAAGUACCUAUUUGAUCUUUACGAAAAGGAAGCAAUAGAAAGGAAGGAUUCCUUCCUCUCUUUUCCUCUUCUUCUCGUUAUAAUACCUAGGCCUAGUCCGGGACCUAAAAUCGCCGUAAGUUUGGGCGAUUGUAGGCGAUUUUAAGCGAUUUUAGGCGAUUAAGCAAAAAUCACUAAAAACCCAUCUAAAUCUAAGGCGAUUUACUGCGAUUUUGGGCGAUUUUAGGCGAUUUUUAGGCGAUUUUAGGCAAUUUUAGGUCCCGUACUAGGCCUAACACCUUAAUCUUCGCCUCUUCCGCCCGGGCUUAGCUUCCUACCAAGGCAACUGAUUUUUUCCUCUUCGGGGCUUUGUAACGGUUAUAUUGACUAUUUUCUGACUCUCAGCAAAAAGACAGGAAGCCCGUGACUCUUAGUGAUGCCUUUGGAGAAGGCGAAUCCAAGCGAUAAAUUUGCAGAAUAGAUGAAGUUCACUCCCGUCACAUAUAGAAUGCUUUUAAUAAAAGUCGUGUCUCGUUA